AUUUUUCUUCACUUAUUUCCUACUUUUUUAUGUCUUGCUCAUUAUGGAGGUUUUAACCUCUGCUUACUUCCUUGGUUUAGAAACUUCCUCACACGAUGGCCGUGGCAGUACAGCUGAUUUCUGUUCUCUUCAGUUUGGUCUCGAUCACAGAGUCCAGUGAUGUGUUUGGAUUGGUUGGCCAUUCUGUUCAACUAGACACACAACGUCCUGUACCAGUGUUUGAUGACUUAUCCUGGGUCUUUAACGGAGCUAAAAAUGUUUUAAAAUAUUAUAAUGAAACUAAAAAAUGUAAACAGCAUUCUGCUUAUGGAGGCAGAGUGGAGUUCAAUACUGAAACCUACAGUCUGACACUGAAGAACUUACAGAGGACUGAUAGUGGACUGUAUGAAGCAAAAGCAGCUGGAAUACAGAAUACAGUUGUUGUUAAGUACAGACUCUCUGUGUUAGAUCCAGCGGAGGCCCCAGUUUUGGCUUCUGCCUUUCACCAGCUCAGCAACAACCUCUGCAACAUCUCUCUCACCUGUAGAGGUCAUGACCUCUGUCUCAACUCCAGCUGCUAUAAUGAAACCUGUGAGGAAAAGGAAGUGAUGUCACCUGGAGGCAUCACCCUUUCCCUGUCUGUCAAUGGCAGCAGCAUUAUCUGUAACCAUAGCAACCCAGUCAGCUGGAAGGAGGCUGUUUUGGAGAUGGGAGAACUUAAACAACUCUGUGCUGAUAAAGGAGAACACAGUACACAGGAAGAUAACCUACUCUUACAAUUGCUAUUGCUGGCUGUGGGUAUCAUAGGGGUCAUCAUUCUUCUAGUUAUCUUAAUCCUUUCAUAUCUUUACCAGAGGAAAUCAACAGGUCCCACACAGUGUGAGAACACAGUCUAUGCAGAAGUUGAGAGGAACUGUGCAGCAACACCACCUACUGCGCUGGAUUCUACUGUGUACUGUGCUGUACAGAAGAAACCACAACCUACAACAGCGGUCGAUCUCAGCAGAGCCCUGCAUUUCUAGCAUCUAUGAAUCCGUUCCAGAUCAG